UCACAAUGAAACCUUUAUUCAACUUUAAAUACAUGAAAGCAAAGUAAGUAGGAAGGGCGAGAUCUAUGAAACUUGAUCUAUAAAUAGAGCUGCAAGGGAAAGACAUUUCAUCACAUCCAAAACCAAUUACAACACAGAGAAAACGUUUACUGAUCUCUGCUCUAUAGUUCCAUAUACAUUUUUCUUUUGUAACCCUAAAAACAUGGCAAUGCUCAGGAACAAAAACAUAACCUUCUCAUUGGUCUUGAUGUGUCUCAUUGUGGCGUCUCCAAUUGCUAAUGCUCAGCUUGGUGGUCUAGGUGGUGGGCUUGGUGGUCUAGGUGGGCUUCUUGGCGGGCUUACUAGUAUCUUUAAUAUCCAAGGCCUUCUCAUGUGCUCUGUCACUGGCACCGUCUCUACCAAUAACACGACUGCCGUUCCUCCUUUCCCUAGUAAAUUUUCUAUUCUCACACUCUCUCUUUCGAUCAACUAUGCCAAAAUAAAAACAACAGAUUUGUUUAAUGCUGGGCAAAAUGUUUCAAGUACGACUACGAACGCUUAUGGAGUAUUCUCGAUUCCUACUAUUGGACUUCCCUUUUCGCCUUCAACACUCCUCUCCUCCGGUUGUAGGCUCGUCGUCACGACCCCUCUCACCGCCUGUAACGUCAGCCUCCCUGCGGCCGGACUCCUCAUGGCACCUUUAUCUCUAGUCGGAAUCGCUGCCGGCGACGGCCUUAACAUCUUCAGCCUCGUCCCAAGUGUCUUUGGCCUCGUCGGUUAACUGAUUCCAAUCAACCGAGUAUGCUUUAUGUUUGAUCACGGCGUGUUUCCCAAUUUCUGUUUGUUUUAUGUUUUGUGUCAUGACCAAUAACGUUUGCUUGCGUAUGCAUGAAUAAGUGUUAGAGCAAGUUUGGUCCGAGAAUGAAGGAGCAGUUUGGUUUAUUAAGUAUUUGUUUGAAUUAAGUCACUUGUUAGUCACGUCCUAGUCUAGUGGGGUUAGU